GUCGGUCUGUCCCAUUCGCAAUGGGUUCUCUUCGGAUGCUGCUACUUGUUGCCCUAUCCAUUGUGCAUCUUUUGGACUUGGGAGCCGCCUUGGUCAGUGACGCAGAGUGGGCUGCAUACAAGAGCAAGUACAACAAGAAGUACACAUUGGAAGACGCAAAUCACCGUGGGCUGUACGAGAAAAAGGUUGUGUUGGUGCGAAAUCACAACCUAAAAUACGAGAAGGGCCAGGAAGACUAUUUCAUGAAAUUGAACGAGUUCUCCGACACCGAUCAAAAAGUGCUCUACACUUAUCGCUCAACUAUACCACCGCCCACUGAUCCCGAUAAUGAUUUGGAUGCCCGCUCUGAUAUUCCGAAAAACUACACGCGUUACGAUGAUAUAAAGGGCGGGAUCGACUGGCGCGACCACGGCUACAUCUCCCCCGUUGGAAAUCAGGGCACCGAGUGCCUCAGCUGCUGGGCCUUCGCCUCCUCAGGGGUCCUUGAGGCGCACCUCGCCAUUAAGGCCGGUCGGCUGGUGACGCUUUCCCAAAAGCACCUGGUGGACUGCGUGCCAGCUCCCAACAACGGAUGCUACGGUGGCUGGGUGAGCGUGGCCUUUAACUACACCAGAGACCAUGGUAUUGCGCCAAUGGAAUCCUAUCCGUCCUACCAACCCAAGACCGACACCUGCCGGUACAUCCCCACGAAAAGCAGGAAAGGGGCCGAGAGCUACUACACUCUCAAGCUCGGCGACGAAAAGGAGUUGGCCGAAGUGGUCUACAACAUUGGACCUGUUGCCAUAUCCAUUAAUCACCUCUAUCAAGAGUUUGAGGAGUAUGGCGGCGGGGUUUUGAACAUAAAAAAUUGCACGACGGAAAGGAUUAGACUGACGCAUUCAAUGCUGCUAGUGGGCUUUGGUACAGAUCCGAUUAGGGGCGACUACUGGCUGAUCAAGAACUCUCAAGGCACAUCGUGGGGCGAAGAGGGAUACUUGAGACUGGCGCGCAACGCCGGCAAUAUGUGUGGCGUGGCCUCGCUUGCCCAGUAUCCAGUUAUUAAAAACGAAAAAUAACUAUGAAAAUAUUUAAAAAAUAUAUAUUUUUAUAUAUAGAAAUUUUUAAAAACAAAUUGAAUUUAUAUAA